AUGCUUGUGGCAGCAAUUGUAACAUUAGUGCUUGCAGUAAGAUGCAGUCAAGACGAAGACUCGUCGGUGCAGUCCACAGACAAUGUCUUCAAGAAAUUCCUCGAGGUAGCAAUAAGCGAUGCUGGCAGAGACCAGAGCACAGAAAAUGAAAUGCAUGGUGCAGACAUAAAGGAUAUGAAUGGCUCGGAUAGUAGCCAUGUGAAACGACAGAACCCGCUACAAGGCAUCUCAAGGCAUCUUUCCGUCAUGCGAAGCGAAGAAAACACUGCAGAAGCAUCUGGCACUGCCAUCACGGGUAAAAACAAAAAGCACAUCGGCAGCAAGCAGAAAAAGGCUGCUUCGCAACCGCCGGAUGUACAGCCAGAUCUUACAUUCGAGACGCCGAUAUCUGCAUCACUUCUACUCAAGCCAUCAGAUACAAAGAAAGAGAUCGUGAUUAGUCAGGGGGACAUCAAGGAAAUGUCGGAUGGACUGAAGGAUCUGGAAAAGCUGAUUGCAGGCCUGAAUGCAUUCAAGAAUAGGCUCAAGUCCAUUCUCAAGAAGACAUCCCAGCCUCCAAGGGAAGACAAACCAUCUACGGACUUACUGAACUACAACUUCAUAGAAGUCACCGAAAACACACAGGCAGAAAAUAAGUAA